CAGCUGGGCGGUGCCGGGGCAGUCCUGGCGCCCAGCUACUGCGCAGGAAUAGAAGAUGAACAAACCCAUAACAUCUUCAACAUAUGUGCGCUGCCUCAGUGUUGGACUAAUUAGGAAGCUGUCAGAUUUUAUUGAUCCUCAAGAAGGAUGGAAGAAGUUAGCGGUAGCUAUUAAAAAACCAUCUGGUGAUGAUAGAUACAAUCAAUUUCACAUAAGGAGAUUUGAAGCAUUACUUCAAACUGGAAAAAGUCCCACUUGUGAAUUACUGUUUGACUGGGGCACCACAAAUUGCACAGUUGGUGAUCUUGUGGAUCUUUUGAUUCAAAAUGAGUUUUUUGCCCCAGCAAGUCUUUUGCUACCAGAUGCUGUUCCCAAAACGGUUAAUACGCUACCUUCUAAAGAAGCUGUAACGGUUCAGCAGAAACAGAUGCCUCUAUAUGGUAAAGACAGGACAUUUGUGUUACCUGUGCAGAAUCUUGAACAAAACUAUAUGCCACCUGACUCCUCAAGUCCAGAAAAUACAAGUUUAGAAGAUAGCGAUACACGUUUUCACAGUUUUUCAUUUUAUGAAUUGAAGAAUGUCACCAAUAACUUUGAUGAAAGACCCAUUUCUCUCGGCGGCAACAAGAUGGGAGAGGGCGGAUUUGGAGUUGUAUAUAAAGGCUAUGUGAACAACAAAACUGUAGCAGUGAAGAAACUUGCAGCGAUGGUUGACAUUAGUACUGAAGAACUGAAACAGCAGUUUGAUCAAGAAAUAAAAGUUAUGGCAAAGUGUCAACAUGAGAACUUAGUAGAACUGCUUGGUUUCUCAAGUGAUGGAGAUGACCUCUGCUUAGUAUAUGUUUAUAUGCCCAAUGGCUCAUUGCUAGACAGGCUGUCUUGCUUGGAUGAUACUCCACCACUUCCUUGGCACAUGAGAUGCAAGAUUGCUCAAGGUGCAGCUAAUGGCAUCAGUUUUUUACAUGAAAACCAUCAUAUUCAUAGAGACAUUAAAAGUGCAAAUAUCUUACUAGAUGAAGACUUUACAGCCAAAAUAUCUGACUUUGGGCUUGCACGGGCUUCUGAGAAAUUGGCCCAGACAGUCAUGACUAGCAGAAUUGUGGGAACAACAGCUUAUAUGGCACCUGAGGCUUUACGAGGAGAAAUAACACCCAAAUCUGACAUCUACAGCUUUGGUGUGGUUUUAUUAGAAAUAAUAACUGGACUUCCAGCUGUAGAUGAACACCGUGAGCCUCAGUUAUUGCUAGAUAUUAAAGAAGAAAUUGAAGAUGAAGAGAAGACGAUUGAAGACUAUGUUGAUACAAAGAUGAAUGACACUGAUCCCACUUCCAUUGAAACUAUGUACUCUGUUGCUAGUCAAUGCUUGCAUGAAAAGAAAAAUAAGAGACCAGACAUUAAGAAGGUUCAACAGCUGCUGCAAGACAUGACAGCUUCUUAAAAUUUUACUGGAAUAGACUCUUGAUUUUUUUUGUAUACACC